CGUGAACGAAUCCAACGAUCCCAUACGUUUUACCCUACCAAUCCAUCGAAAGCGACAAUCAUCACUACGUCCAGAAGAAGUGCGCAAUCACCUGCAUAGCAACUGCCUACAAGGUGGCCUUAUCUUUUCCAGAAUUAACAAUCAACGCACUAAGCUAGAGAGGACCGAGCAGGCAUGAGCAGCUCUUACGAUAACCGCGGCGUGACUCCCCCACACGCACACCGAGGAGAUGACGAGCAAAAACAAAACAAACGCAAGCUUCCACCAGACCACGGAUCCAAUUACGUUCCAGGAGCGGGUGAUGCAAAUCAAGCUCCACAAUCCAUGGACCAUUUCCGACGAGGUCGUCGCGAACGCACCGAAAUGCGUAGGAGAGAGGUGUAUUGCCCAAAUGAGAAUCCACGAAGACAAGAAGAGGAUUCACCGCGUAAAAAUCCUAGGCAAGAAGAGCAUCAGAGUUUACGUACUGAUCGUCCGCCUUCUUUAAAAGGCAUCGAUCUGAAUCGUUUCAUGGAUGAUCUUUGUAAUCAACGUCUCAACGUUUUCAAAUCUCUCGACAGUGCUCGACAAGAAUAUUGGGAGCUGUUCCAUUCGGGUAAGGUCAUGACGGCUGUGAUUGCGGCUGCAGCUCGUCGUCGCCAAGUACGAUUGGCGCAGCAGUGUUGGGAGUGGAUGGAUCGCGUAGGAAUGGAGAAGAAUGUAUAUCAUUAUAACUCGAUGAUAUCCGUUAUGGAAAAAGACAAGAAUUUUCGCGAGGCUAUGAACCUUUUGAAAGAAAUGGAAAGCAGGAAUAUUCCUAAGAAUGAAGAUUUGCAUUUUCUAUCGCUCGGUGGUGGCGAGAUUGCUUUAGGCUGGUGGUUUGAAGAAUGCAUGGUACCGUACAUGAAAAAUACGGAAAAGCUCCAGGACAUCACCGCUAUCUCGAUUGUCACUGGGUACGGCAAAACGCGAACACGAGGCCGCCGCCACGGCGACGACGGCAUGAAAAAGAGAGUGCUGGCUAUGCUGCGAUUUAUGAAUAUUUUUGAGCUUCCGCAGAAGAAUGCGGGUCGUAUAUGUAUCGACAAGGACCGAUUGAUUGAAGAAGUGAAUCGCAACGGUGGAAAAAUAAUAUUCGACUUGGCGAGCUACGUUGCUUGGAAGGAAAAGGAAACGACGGCUAACGUAAUUCCGGACGAACCUCAAAAGAUUCGCGCUCGUUUCAAACCCCAAGCGCCACGAUCUGGACGGCCUCCCUUUUCUCGUGUCGAAUCCGAAAGCACCUCAAUGGAAUAUCGAUUGGAAACGAUGCGUCACAAUGGAAAUGACGUCAACUUUUCGGUAGCGCUGCCCCUAGUCGUGUGUAGACGUGGUAAUGACGGCAAGGUCGAGCGCCUUGACGGUCAUUACGAAAGAAAGAUCAGCGGAGAACACCACGGUAUCGGAUGUGUAGAAGACAAUGAUGCACGCUUGUCGCCAAAAACCGAUCGUUUUUUAGAACCCAAAGGAUACCGACGUGGAGAUGGGAGCGUACCUUCUGUUCGCUUUUCGGAGUCACGUAAAGGAAAUCUGGUUCGCAAAGGUGCUAGCGAUCAUAGACCAAAAGGUCGGUACAGCGAUAGUCGUGGGGAGCCGAGAGAAAUCGGAUUUUCAACCCUGUUGUCCGCCGAUGUUUGUAGAUCUGUUGGGACAAUCGACAGGGGACCGCGCGGGUCGCCUGAAGCGGCUAGAGGCGGCGGCUAUGAGCUAGAAAAUCGUUCAUCGUAUGCCCACAGUGGACAUCCACAGCGCAAUGACGAGCUCAACCGACCACGUGGCUGGAAUCACGACUUCAGUGGUGACCGCCGAUCGCCGUAUUCGAGCAGUCGCCAUAGGCACGCGGGAGUGCCGCACCAAGCGAUAUUUCAUCACAACGAACCUUCGAAUCGCGAUGGAGGUCUAGUUUCGAGUCAGCGAGUGACCGAAGAGAGGCGACCACUCAACAGAGGUUAUUGUUUGCACUCGAAGUAA